CAGUUAAACAUUUUCGUUUCGGUCGUCACCAGUGCUGCAUUGCAAGCAAACAUAUUCCUUACACACUAGAAAAAAGGUGCUUUUUGUUCUCUGUUACCUAAGGCUUUUCCGGAAAGGGAAUUUUUUCCCUGGGCCGAUUCACGCAAAAAGCGGCCCCGAUUUUGCCUGUGAGAAACUAAUUAAAACACGCGUUUCGUUACCGACGAUUAUCAAGUAGUUAAGUAUCUUACUCGCGUUGAAACGAAGAAAAAGUUCACGACCAUCGCGAAAAAAUCGAUAAUAAAAAAGGAUCAAACGGGUGGCCAAAGUCGGUAGACGUCUUCGGAGCACUUUGCAAUAAGACACAAAUUUAUCUAUUAUAUAGAAACAACUAGACCAAAUUUUUCUAGGGAUUAGUGUAACUUUAAACCAAAUUUAUGCCCGUAAAGAAGUAACGAAUCUAUCGUAAGCUGAAAGUGGAUACCACGAUGCCUUUCUAGGCAUACGGCUCUAGUCAAGAAGGAAAAUUCCAUUUCCUUCUCCGGUGGAAACGUUUUUCCAGUCCGAUUAGUUCCUCACUCUACCGAUCUAUACAGUAUUAAACCCACGACAGUGAAUAUCGAGAGUAGAACGUCAUUAGGAAGUUACAUAAUUUGGGGCUUCUCGAGGAGGACGAGGAAGCGCAUCAAAACAAGAACAAAGCCCGGUGAAAGUUGAAACAUUUUCGCAUCGGAAGGCACGCCACAGAUAAAUCCAAUGAAACCAGGUUUCAAAAACGGAAAAUUCGCAACAUCAAUCUAUGAAAAAUGUCUCUGCCAAAAGAGUGGAAUCUCCAGGCAUCGCAGGUCUGUCUCGAUAAACCUGUCAGACCUCAGAGCCUCAUAUCUGAUGAUAUUGAGAUACAGCCAAAGUAUGAGAACAAGUUCCUCCACGUUGUGUACCAUCCCUCGAUUCCUGAUCACUGCCGGGCACCACUUAAUGCGGCUCUGCUGGCAGAAUGCGAUAACAGUGGCUCUCUGUUCUCAAUUCAGUCAGCCCCGGUGGUUGCCACGGUUAGCGGCGGCGUCGGUGGUCCCGAACCAGGUGCCACAUCUAUCCCCGAUCCAAUCGGGAUGGAAACGAUUCUGGAUAGGCAGCGAGAUUCGUAUCCAGGAGCGGCCGGCGUGGACACGAUCAUUAACUCGUUCCAUUCCGCUACUGAUGCCAGAGACGAGCGAAAAGAUACCUUGCUACGGCCAUCAUCUUUGGCGUUCGACACGUACUACCACGCAAGUAAACCAAACAACGUUGAUACCCAGCUUUCUGCUGAAUUGGAUGAAGAUGACAACGAGAAUCUGUUGACUGUUUCCAGUCUUACUGCAAGGCCGUUGAUUGCGAAAUCCCGAGAGAUUAAUAAAAGCAAGAAGGAGAAGCUUCAACUGAGAAGGAGAAAGAAGGUAUGCAUUGCAACGAGCAGCGACGACGAUGACGAGGGGCCGCCAGAUGGUGGUUACGGAUGGAUUAUUGUAUUCGGAGCCUUUUCGGUGCAAUUUUGGGUAGCUGGAUUGGUCAAAUCAUACGGCGUGCUGUAUGUGGAAAUCAUGGAGAAUUUCCCUAACUCCUCGGCAACCACGGCCUCGUGGAUACCAGCUAUCUUGUCCGCUUUAUGCUUAGCUUUAGCUCCGGUGUCUAGUGCUCUAUGUCAACGUUUCUCUUGUCGUAUCGUCGUUAUCAUUGGUGGUAUCUUCUGUGGAUUGGGGCUCACACUGAGCUACUUUGCUACCAGUCUAAUCCACUUGCUAUUUACCUUCGGUAUACUGACUGGUAUUGGAGGAGGAUUAUCAACCACCCCGGGGAUUGUCAUCGUGUCCCAGUACUUUGAAAAGCGACGAGCACUGGCGAAUGGGAUCACUAUUUCCGGAACGGCGGCCGGCAGCUUUAUAUUCCCCACGCUAAUCGAACGAUUGAUACACUCGUUUGGGUUUCAUGGCACAAUACUUAUUCUCGGUGGUUGUAUGCUGCAUGUUUGCGUGUCCGGGGCACUUUAUCGACCACUGGAAGACACCACUCAUAAAAAGACCGUUCAAUCUAGGGAAAGCGCACCGUUCGCCUCCAGGAUGGACUUCAAGGAAAAUUUGGGCCAUCUCAGUUCGUCGGAAGAUCACCUUAGCCGGCGCUGUUUGGAGGAUCUAUUCCUUGACGAGGCACUGCGAGACAAGAACCGUAACAGUCUCAAUCUUGACAACAAGUUUGUGAACGUUACGGAGAAAACGCUCCAGGAAAGCGAAGACGAACUGAAAGAUAUCAUCUCGAAUGCGAUCUUCCUGAAACCGAUGGCGUCGAUCAGGAGCUGCAGCAUACUGCACUCGGUCGAAGACCUUAGCACCGAUUCGACGUGUGUCUACAAAAAACGUGCCAGUGGAUUUGACUCGCAGCGGAACAGCAAACGGUACAAGCAGCGGACCGAGGAUGUAUACAGUAAAAUUCAGCAGCAGCAACAACAAUUACAGGACACCGUACCACCAAGAACAGAACCGCAACCACUGCAAAAACCACCUCUACCAUUGCAACCGCAACCUCAAGGAAUGAAAACGCUAGAGUCGAACGGUGAUCUAUCGAGUAAAACGCAGUUGGACAACACCCCGGCGGUUAUCAAUAACAACAGCAGUAACAACUCCUGUUCGCUAUCGCAAAACAAUAAUCGGGGUUUGAGCAAGAGUAUGAUCAUCCCGACACCUGUUGGAGAUCUGUCCAAUAUUUUCGAUGAUGAUUACGAAGAAUACCGCGAUGGAUUGCUGGAUAAAAUUAGUCAGUACCUGGACAUAUCACUACUUCAAGAUAUUACGUUCAUCCUAAUGUGUCUGUCUGUUGGGUUGAUGUCGGUUGGAUGUCCAUACAUGCUGUACUAUUUGCCAGCUUACGUUAUUUCCGCAGGUUAUACGAAAUCGGAGGCAGGAUAUUUGGUAGCAGUCAGCGCUGCGUUGGAUUUGAUCGGGCGCCUAACCCUUGGAUGGCUGUCCGAUCUGGAUCUGUUCGACCGUAAGAAGACCUAUAUUGUUGCCAUAUUGGGAGCAGGUGCGGCUGUGCUAACAAUACCCACGACUGACAGGUGGAUCGUGAUCGUGUGCAGCGCUGGAUGCUACGGAUUGUGCCUGGGUAGCUGGUACCUGCUGGUGCCGGUGCUGCUGACCGACCUUUUCGGAACCGAUAGGAUCAGUUCGAGCUACGGGCUGGUGCGAAUGUUUCAGAGUAUUGGUGCUAUCUCGGUGCCACCAUUAGCAGGUCUUCUGCGGGACUUGUCCGGUGGCUACGAGAUCUGUUUCUACUGCAUGGGUGUAUGCAUGGUGCUUGGAAGUAUACCGUUGCUAGUAGUCAUUGUCAAGGAUACGCUAGCACUUAGCGAAAAAAAGCUGACAUUGGAUCGAGUGGCUUAGAAGAGAGAGGAACGUCGAGGAAACGCUGGCAAUAUAUAGUGCGUAAUGGUAUGUCUGUAAGAUGUGAAUGUUUUCUUUUCUAGUAUUAUUUUAGUGUCUAGCAAGUUCAAUAACGAGAUAUUCGAUGAGCAUUGAUUUUUUCUAUGUAACUUGAAACUAAUGGUAUUACCACCAAAUACGUGUAAGCGCGAUUGAUGUGCGCCAGACAGAAAGCACUAUUUUAAGUGAUAGGUCUAAUAAAUAUGAGGAAAAUAAAAGACUAGCAGAAACAAUAUGAAGCGAA